CUUCGUUUCCUCAUUAAAAGCAAUGAUCUUUGUCUUUAUAAUCUGCAUGAUUACUUGUUGGCUGUUGCACAUCACUCUUGCAAUUUCCCAUGGCCUUGAUCUUAUAUUUCAUUCUUUUAACGUCUCUCCAUACAUUUUCAGUUGUAGCGCAACAGAGGAACGGUUCAGUACCGGUUGGUGCGUCCCUCACAGCGCAAGACGGUGUUGAACCAUGGCUGUCACCUUCGGGUGACUAUGCUUUUGGAUUCAAACAAAUUCAGGGAAAGGAUAACUUUGUGUUAUCCAUAUGGUAUGCCAAGAUACCUGACCAGACCAUCAUAUGGUAUCCACAAACAAAUCCAACGGUUUCUAAAGGAUCGAAGGUUGAGCUAAUCAAUAGGCGUGGGCUCGUACUCAGUGAUCCUCAAGGCAAAGAGUUGUGGAGUUCUAGAUCCAUCUCGGAUGUUGCAUAUGGUGUCAUGAAUGAUACAGGUAACUUUGUGAUUGUUGAUAGCGAUUCUGUCAACUUAUGGGAAAGCUUUAAUAAUCCAGCAGAUACCAUGUUGCCAACACAAGCUUUGCAGAGAGGUGGGGUGAUCAAUUCAAAACUUAGCCAAAUAAACUUUUCUAAAGGAAGGUUUCAGCUUCGGUUGCUUCAAGAUGGGAAUCUUGUUCUCAAUUCUCGAGAUAUAGCUUUUGAUUUCGCUUAUGCUCCUUACUAUGAGAGUAAAACUGAUGAUCCCUCUAAUUCAUCCAAUUCUGGUAGCCAAAUGAUCUUUGAUGCAACAGGUUACAUGUACAUAUUGAGAAGAAAUGGCCAAAGAUCCGAAGUUACUACAAGAAACACGACACGUUCUUCGGAAGAAUAUUAUCAGAGAGUUACUCUAGAUCCUGAUGGGGUAUUAACUUUGUAUACCCACCCCAAGAAUUCCCCUGGCAAUGCAAGCUGGGAAAGUAUAUGGAUUGAGAGAGGAAACUUAUGUUCUUAUGUUGGUAUUCUUGGAGAUAGCAGGGCUUGUGGGUUUAACAAUGUUUGUAACCUUAAAACCGAGAGGCCAAAUUGUGAAUGUCCACAAGGGUUUUCGUUGCAAGAUCCGAAUGAUCCAAAUGGUGACUGCAAGCUUGAUUUCACUCCAAGGUGUGAUGAAGGUGAGUCUAAUGAAGACUUAGGUUUUAUCGAACUCAACAAUGUUAAUUGGCCGCAAUCCGACUAUAUGCGCAUCACACCAAUUGAUGAACAGGGCUGCAAAAAUAACUGCAAGGAAGAUUGCUUUUGUGCUGUUGUAAUAUACAAUAAUAUUGAUUGUUUUAAAAAGAGGCUUCCACUUACCAAUGGAAGGAAGGGAACUUCAGAGAUUAGCAAGGCGUUAGUGAAAAUUCGUAAAGGUGAACUUCCUCCUCAUAUCCCCACUAAGUUUCCUAGAGAGAAGAAAGAUCAGAAAACUUUGAUUACCAUAAUAUCAACCCUUUUAGGUAGCUCUGUGUUUAUAAAUCUCAUGUUAAUUGGUGCAAUUUUUGUUUGCUUCUUCAUGAACUACCGGAAGAAAGACAAAAAUCAUUAUCCAAGUAGUAAAGCUAUAAAUACCAAUCUGCUUCAUUUUACAUAUCAAGAGCUAGUCAAAGCAACUAAUGUGUUCAAGGAAGAACUGGGAAAAGGGGCUUUUGGGAUAGUUUAUAAAGGUGUAAUAGACACAAAGAUUGUCGCAGUGAAGAAGUUGGAUAGGGUUUUUAAUGAUGGCGAAAAGGAAUUUCAAGCUGAGGUGAAUGCUAUUGCAAGAACUCACCAUAAAAACUUGGUCCAACUUCUUGGCUAUUGUGAUGAAGGUGAGCAACGCCUAUUGGUUUAUGAGUACAUGAGUAAUGGUACACUGGCGAGCUUUCUUUUUGGAAAUGUCAGACCUAGUUGGAAGCAUAGGAGCAAUAUGGCAUUGGGCAUUGCAAAGGGGCUCUCAUACCUUCAUGAAGAGUGUAGCAUCCAAGUCAUCCAUUGUGACAUCAAGCCUCAGAAUAUACUUCUUGAUGAUUACUACAAUGCUAAGAUUUCUGAUUUUGGAUUGGCAAAGCUUUUGAUGAUGAAUGAGAGUCGAACAAAUACUGGAAUAAGAGGAACAAAAGGUUAUGUUGCUCCUGAAUGGUUUAGGAACAUCCCUGUCACAAUUAAGGUUGAUGUUUAUAGUUUUGGUGUCUUGCUAUUGGAGAUCAUUUCUUGCCGAAAGAGUGUGAAGGAAAAUAAGAGUGAGGUUGAAUAUGGAGCGAUCUUGACGGAUUGGGCAUGGGACUGCUAUCAAGAAAGUAUUUUAGAUACAUUUGUAGAUAAAGAUUUGGAGGCCCUUGAUGAUUACAAGAAGCUAACUACAUUUGUGAAGGUUGGUCUUUGGUGUGUGCAAGAAAAUCCGUCUAUGAGGCCAACCAUGAGGAAGGUCAUCCAGAUGCUUGAAGGAGUUGCUGAAGUUUCUGAACCUCCAUGUCCCUUCCCUUUUUCUGUUACUUUAAGCUGAUCAAUUCAUUUCCUUGGAAUACCCGGAUAGUUUUAUGUAUUCAGUUGUUAGAAUAAUAAUUUGCAGUAACUGCAUCGUCCUAUGUGAAAUCCAUAGGCCCAGCUAUCUAUGAAUUAGAAUGUCCAUUUGUUCAUUGUUUAUCAUCAACUUUGUUAUUGA